GACAUGCCAAUUGCUACUGGUUUUUGUGGUAAUGUCAACUUUUGGGGUUGCAUGACGGUAAACCCCGUGCGUACUUACUGGACGAAAGUAUAUAAUUGUUGAAACGCUUACUGCUCGGAGACAGUUUCGGAUGACGGUUGAUUAGUACCAGUUCGAUGUUCGCAGUACGUACGAGCUUGCGUGAACAAUAUGUGAAUGAAGCCAUGUGAUAAAAUGCCUAUUUCAAAAACAUUGAGAAUUUUAGUUAUCAUAGUGAGCCUGACAGUGAACACAGUGCAGUCUUGGGAAUUCAACGAUUUACCGCAUUUGAUGAACGAACAUGAAUUGAAUUACUAUUUUGGCAGUGACCACCGUGAAGAGCUUCCUCUGUUCGAAUUGUUCUCCGCCAGGGGUGAGCCACUGUUCAAGGCAAGUGAAAAGCAAAACGUGGUGCUAAAAGUGCCGUUCCAGAACAACGAGUUUAAUCUGCAUCUGAAAACACGGACGAACCUGGUGACGAGCAAGACGCGGUUUGUUACGCGUCAUGAGAAUGGGACCUCGCGUGAAUAUCUCCAUCGGUCGACGAAUGAUUGUCACUAUCUGCACGUGGAUCAUGAGUCAUCUGCUGCUGUUACUAGUUGCGAUUUUCAAAAUUUCCACGGCAUCGUCUUCCUCCCGAACCAAACAUUAGAAAUACAGCCCCUGAACAGCCGUCUGCGCAAUCUCAUCCCACAGCUCAGCCACUUCAUCGUCGAGUCGCAAAACCUCCAUCUAGUCAAAAAGGCGACUCUCAAGGAUGUAAUUUUCGCGGAGGACCUAAUCAAUCGGAAAAACUUGCUAGCCAUCACCAACCGAUCGGGCAUCCAUCUGCUCGGCGACACCCUGAACGAGAAAAACUACACACUGGACGAUCUCGAAGAGUUGGAAGAUUUCGACGAACCGGACAACAGCUUCGGCGGUGCGACUAGACUUCGCAAAUUGACCAUCGAGUUGGGGCUGUUCUUUGAUGAAGCCGCGUACCGAAUUUUCGCGCCACACUUCGAUAACAAUGAUCUCAAACUGAAAGACUUCAUCCUGGCCUACGUGAAUGCAAUUCAAGCGCUUUAUCACCAUCCCUCGCUGGGAACGCCCGUUGACAUUACGGUGGUGUAUUUGGAGAUAAUGAAACGGCAACCGGACGACAUGCCGCACCACAGAGGAGAACGGGAGUCGCUGCUGGAUUCGUUCUGUUUGUAUCAAAAUAAAUUGAACAAAGGCGACGACAGCGAUGCCAAUCAUUGGGACUUGGCGCUGUACGUGUCUGGGUUGGAUUUUUAUGCGAUCGAGGACGGCCGGCGGAACGGGGUGACAAUGGGUCUGGCAACGGUUGGUGGGAUCUGCCUGGGAAAGUACUCCUGCGUAAUUGCAGAGUUCGGUACGACGAGCAUUUUCGGGAAGCCUUAUCCAUCCGCCGGAUUCACUUCCGUUUAUGUGGCAGCACAUGAAAUUGGGCACAGUUUAGGCAUGCAUCAUGAUUCGGCAGGCAACAUUUGUGCCAAGGACGGAUACGUGAUGUCGCCGUCGAGAGGGACGCAAGGUGAAACCACGUGGUCAAGUUGCAGUGCGGCAGCAAUUCGGGAGCUGGCUUGGGCGGAUUGCUUGUUCGAUGCACCUUUGAAGACGAAAAAGGAAUUAGAUGCUUGGAAAUACCAAGGAUAUCCUGGUCAAGUGUUCACGUCAAAAAAGCAGUGCGAGGUAUUGUUGAUUGACAACGAUGCCAUGGCUGCUCCCACUUCUGGGUUGGAACGAAUUUGCCAAAACCUGCAAUGUCGAACUCCCCAUCGCACCGGAUUCUAUUUCGCCGGACCAGCAUUGGAGGGCACAGACUGUGGUGAAAGUAAGUGGUGUGUUGGAGGAAGUUGUGUGAAACAAAAGAAAAAGCCCACCACCGUCGUUAGGGGAGGUUGGAGCGAGUGGAUGACUGGUGAUUGUAACUCUGGGUGCUUGGCCCAAUCGAGAGGCUUUCAGCAACGCACUCGAAGUUGCAACAAUCCGAAACCAAUCAAUACAGAUGCUGGGUGUGAAGGAAGCGCAUACGACGUGGCAAUUUGCGAUGACCAAAAACUUUGCUCGAACAAACGACAGCCUAUUGAAAUUUACGCGAGUAUUAAAUGUCGAGAAUUUAGUAAGCUUCUAAACAGAUUGGAUCAAGCUGGGCUCGGAUUGCAAGGUCCGUAUGAUGGGCAUCGUCUCUGGAUGAGUUGUGCCAUCUAUUGUAAACGGGCAGACAGUGAUGCGUACUACGCACCACGCUUCGAUUUGAAUGACCUUGGAGUUGACGCGUACUUUCCCGAUGGAACCAAAUGCUACUCCGACGGUUCAACCAAUUAUUAUUGCCAACAACAUCAUUGUCUUCCUGAACAUUUUAAAGCAUCUAAAAUAUCGAUUUGGGCCCUGACUGAGGACAUACCCAUCCCGGGCAAUGCCCUGCCAAUUAGGACGCACUUCCUGGAUAAAGAACUGUCCAACUAUCUGUCGAUUGAUCGCAACCGUAAACCACUGCUGCAGCACUGGAACUAUCGCCCGAUUCAUCACCAAGACGACGGCGAAUGGCCGGAUCAUGAUUACCUGGAACUACCGGAAGAUGUUAAGAGGGCAGCCCACCGUUACUGAACUUGUGUUUGUUUCAUUCUGUCCAUCGACCGUUCAGCACUGUCGCGUGAUAAAAAUCGCAAGCUAGGUUCAAUAAAGUAACACAAAAGAUAAAUA